CGAUUAGAGCCAGUAACGCAUAUCCAGGAAUGAGUCCCCAUCACUUUUAAUAUUCGCGAGGGGAGGUUCGUCGUAGUGACGGUCACGAUGCUCCGGAAUUAGUGAUUAUGGCCGAGACAGAUCCAGCGACGACUCCAUCGACAUCUGGAGCUGUCGACCAGGAGAAGAAGGAGGACGACAAGAAGGAAGCUGAUACCAAGCGGACUGUUCUCGAGACUCAUGGCUACACCCUGGGUGAAAUUAUCGGCACUGGGUCGUAUGCUACCGUUAAGCUCGCGAAUUCGGAUAGGCACGAGUGUCCAGUUGCCGUGAAAAUAGUCUCGAAAUUUCAAGCACCCAGUGAUUACCUCAAAAAGUUUCUACCCAGGGAAAUAAAAGUAGCGAAAGGUUUGAGACAUCCGAAUUUGAUAAGGUUCCUCCAGGCUAUCGAAACAACACAUCGUGUUUAUAUCAUCAUGGAGUUUGCUGAGAACGGCAGUCUCCUAGAAAUCAUCCGACGUGACACUUAUAUCGAUGAAGACAGAAGUCGCAAGUGGUUCAUUCAACUUCUCAGUGCCAUUGAUUAUUGUCAUGAGAAGGGUGUUGUUCACAGGGACAUAAAAUGCGAAAAUCUGCUCCUGGACCAACACUCAAACUUGAAGCUAUCUGAUUUCGGAUUUGCGCGUGGUCACAUGAAGACGAAGAAUGGUACAGCAUCGCUGAGUGAGACCUUCUGCGGGAGUUAUGCCUACGCAUCCCCUGAGAUCCUCCGAGGGAUUCCUUACGAGCCGCAUUUAUCAGACAUCUGGUCUCUGGGAGUAGUUUUGUAUGCAAUGGUCUAUGGGAGACUGCCCUUCGAUGAUAAAAAUUACGCUCAACUGCUCAAGCAAGUCCAGAGUAAGGUGACAUUUCCAAAACUGCCGAAGGUAUCCUACGCAUGCAGAGCUCUGAUAAACAAAAUCCUGGUGCCCCAGAGGGCGAGAGCUAGAAUCCAGACAAUAAAAGAAGAUCCUUGGCUGAUAAUUCCAAUGAUAUCAGUGCAAACGUCGAUAUCGAAUAAAUCAUUACUAAAGAAUGAUGAGAAUAGUGAUGGGGAUAGGAGGAGCUGCUCUCGAGGGGAUUCCUCCAGGCAGUUGGAGCCUUCUGAUGGCCAGGAGAAUGUGAACUGAUGAUGAUUCUGUGGAUUAUUCUUGGGAUUGAACGUGCCCCUUGACAUUUGUAAUAAAAAAUUGUUUAUUUGGCAACAAAACUUAUGGGAUUUCCCUGAGACUGAGACUAGUGGUACUGGGUGAUUUGUGGAGUAUUCUGGCCAGUCAUAUGUUUGAUCGAUGCUUGGCAAUCAUCAACAGGAUUAUUGUGCUUAGUACGAAGAUACCAGCGGAU